AGAAAAAAGUGGACGCAGGAGCUGACAGUUACUGCAUCAUAAGAGCGGGGCGGUGCGAGAAGAAGGAGGAGGAGGAGGAGGUUAUGACGAAGAGGCAUAAUGUGUGUGAUGCCAGAUACUGGAUUUCCAGUAUUGUGUGUACGUGCACAUGGCUGGAACAAGGCUGCCAAUGAGAUUGCUGCAUAGCGUCACAGAAAACUGAAAAUUAGAGCUGGGUUGCGAAACAGGGGCUGUGGGUGGCUCUUUCCCUCUCUCUCUCUCCCUCCUGUGUUUCUGGCUCUUUGGCAGCCAGAGAGGGUGAAACUGGAGAACCUGACAUGCACCCACAUCAUCACGGUCACAGGCUGGAAGCAGAGCUUGAAACCACGGGAGUAAAAUGGAUGGUGAGCGGCACCAAGCACGGCAGCGAAUGUUCGUCGCUGCCACGCAGCCCCUCUUGAAAUCCACAAAAGUUGUGGAUUUCAGGAGGGUUUUUGUUAUUACGUGAGGGGGAGAAGGCUAAGUGAAGAGUGAGAAGAGUUUCGUCUUAGAGUCGAGAGCCUGGCAGACGCUUGACCAAUUCCACGUCUCGUCAUGGCUGGGCCGUGGGCCUUCGCUAUGGAGGGCCGAAGUUCUUUGCACCACCACAACAACAAUAGCAGCAGCAGCAACAACAACAACGUCAUCAUCGUCGUCGUCAUUCGCAUUCCAACUCUUUCCUGUGGGAUUAGCCUCCUCUGCUCCCUCGCCUCAUAACCAUAGCCGGGCACGCUCUACCACCUUCCACUCACCUGCCUGUCGUUUUGUGCCUUGGAACUUAGUUUGGUUUAGGAUGGUUAAGACUCAGAUGUGGGGAAGAGAGAAUUGGGCUGUGUUUGAUCGAGGCUGACAACAAAGUGCGAGUUUUGGUUUCAGAGUUGUUGCUAACCAGCUAUUAUCCUUGUUAGUGUUUCGAGAGAGAGAGCGUUAGAGUAGGAAGCGCGUGACUGUGAUUGGAAGAGAAGGUGCCUUGAAAGGGAUUUAGUUGUGCUUCCAACUUGUCGAUAGACCGCAGUGACGAUUGAGCGUUGAAUCCAGCGAGACGAUUGACUGGGUUGUCGAGGGGUUUCCAUUGAAGUAUGAGGGGAGGGAUCCGCACUCGGCUGAUGAUUCUGUAACUGAUGCGGGUGAGCUUUGAGGGAUAAUGCGAGUGCGGCUGAACCCCGGAGUAUGAUCUUCCACAGAUCAUGGAUCUUUCGAAGGGUGAGGCGAAUUAGAAACUGAAAUGGACAUUCACUCGAGUGGCAACAUUUGAUGCAAUAAGGUGCUGGGAGAAUCGUAUGCACCAGUAAAAAAGGAAAUGUCCUGCUUGAACAAUCCAACGGGGUGAGCAACUGCUUACCCCAAGCAUGAUCGAUCAACCGUAACCGAAUGUUCAAUGCAUCAUUCAAGUCCCUACAAUAUGUCAUUGCGAAUGAAAUCGAAGCCAAACCAGGUCACGAAGAUGGUCAUAAUUAAGGAGAGAGGAUCUGCAAGGCAAGUAGAAUUGCUAAGCAUUGAAAGUAGUCACAGAUGCUUUGUGCGCAGCGACUGUAGCUUCAAGUUCGACGCUUCUGACGACGAAUGACACCUAAAUGAAGGCGCAAGUAUUGUAGAACCUGGAGGAACUCAGGGAAAACUUCAAAAUGAGUCGAGAAAGUCAGUAUCCGAGUAGCAAGCCAAGCCUAAUGGCAGAGAGCAUGCUCCACACAAUGACGAGGGCGUGUAUCCUCGAUUAUGGGUUGCACCUGUUGGACGACUCCAAAAUGCAUUUGCAGGGGAUCCUCAAGAGCGAGUUGUUUAGCAGGCAGUAUUCAAUAAGCAAAGACAGGGCGAUUGGAACAGAUGGGCAGAGCGCUGGGUCAAUGCUAGAUAAAGCAAUGGCCAGCAGCAGAGAGGAUUCAGAUCCUUUUGGAUUUGAUGACUACAACGGGGAGGAGUUGGAUUACAUCGAGGAGCUACCAUUGGGGGAUGAUUUUGAAGCUUAUGAGGACAAUCAGUCGGAGGCAUGGCCACCGCCGUUGAACUCCGAGCGGGAUUUGCAGCUGCUGCGCCCCCCUGCAAGGUUGGAAGCGAUGAAAUCCGGGGAGCGGGAGUGGGUUCACAAACUGUACGCCGCUAUGAAUGACUGUCUUUUCCUGUGCAGUCGUCUGGAAAAUGCGCAUAAUCAGGUGACGAUCUACCACUCGCAAGUGUCAUACCUCACCAAGUGCUACUUUAUGGCGGAGGAGAAUUUCCAGCGCUACCAGACGAAGAUUAUGCGAGCCGUGGAGCAUCCGAACUGGGCGUUUGAGCAGAGCUUUCGGAUCGGCUCCGAAGCGAUGUCGUUCUUUAUCGACUCUCUUGUUCAGCUCCGACACGUCAUGCACGACGGGGAGAUGCUCGUGAAGCUGUGCUGCCGCCAAGACUGGUGGCGCAUGGCGCUCACUCUCCCUUGCAUUGGCCCCGACUUCCCCCGUUUUAGGUCAAUGUCGCCUUUUGCGUUCAACAUCCGGGAGUUUGUGUGGAGCCUCAACGUUGUGGAGUUUGCCUUCCAUAUCUGGCGCAACGGCUCCAGCAUUCAUACGACUUCGCUUCUGAGCUCUGCAUUCAGCCACUGGGCUACUGAGGAGCGGCAUAUCCGUUACACCCAUCUCUACUCGUUGAAGGCGGACGAGGAAAGAGAGGCGAGCGACAAGAAGACGAUGUGCUUGACGCUGAGAUACAUUGUGAAUGCGACCUGGUACAACCCUAUAGAGGAGGAGCCGGAUCGUUAUGUCUUCGAAGUUUUGAUUUUAAAGCUGGAGGGGCCAGAGCCGUCACCGAACCUUGCCCCGGACUCGUUUUGGAUCGAUCAAUAUCAGCUAGAGCUUCACGACACGAUCGGCCAGGGGAGCUUAGGGGUGGUCUUGAAGUGCAAGUGGUUUGGGGAGCCCGUGGCAGUGAAGGUGCUCACCGGGGAGAUUGAUCCCGUAGUUCUGGAAUAUGAGGCGGCGCUCGUUGCUGGAGUUCAGCACCCGAACAUUGUGAAGCUGAUCGGGUGCGCAUACAAUCAGGAACGAAGAGCUGCCAUGUUUGUGAUGGAAGUCGUGGGGAGGGAUCUUCGUACGCUUAUCGACCAAAGGUGCACGAAUUCCCAAGGCAGCUCUCAGCCCUUCUCCCUUCUUCAGUCGGUCGACAUCAUGCUCCAGAUCGCGGAGGCCCUCCAAUACUUGAAAGACUGCAAGCUUAUGCACCGCGACAUACGCGCACGCAAAGUGCUCAUCACGGUAUGCGAAACCGGGGACGCGUCCGCUCCAACGUGGGAGUAUUUUCACGUCAAGCUCGCGGACGUGGGGCUAGCGAAAUUCAAGCUCGAAAUGCUGCUGGCGAGCUCGUUUCAAACCGACGCUUGUCGGUGGCGUGCUCCUGAGGUCUUCCGCGACGAGCAAAUGGUUACCAAAUACACCUGGUCUGCAGACGUCUACAGCUUCGCCAUGACUUGUUAUGAAGUCCUCACUGGGGAAAUACCUUUUCAAGGCGUCCCUCUCGCCGAGGUCUACCAGAAAGUGAAAGCUGGACAGCGUCCAGAGCUUCCUCCUCACUGUCCACCCUACCUUGCAAAAUACCUGGCCAAGUGCUGGGCGGGUAAUCCUAACGAGCGUCCCGAGUUCUCCGAGAUUUGCGAACGACUUCGCCAAUGGAAGUGCAUGCUUCUCCUUCGGCGAUCCGUUCCCGCAGUCCCUCCUGCUACAUCGUUAGAAACAGUUACCUGCACUGGCAACAUCAUCGGCGAGCCCUGGGAGUCAUGACGCGCUGUUGUGCACUCUCUCUUCAAGCUUCUCUAUGCUUAGCUUGAGUUCAAAGAUGAGGGCUUUUUGUUCUGAAUCUUCCAUGCCAGACUGUCAUUACUGGAUUGGUAGGUGACUAUGGCUGAAGUAGCAAGAAGGCUGUUACUCAGGAAUAGGGUUAAGCAGUAGUGGUGGCAAUAGAGACAUGCGUUAGCUGGCUCUUGUUGCCCUCAGCAGGUGAUGGUUUCGGAGAAACAAUGGAAGGACAUUUGGAAGUUGAAGCUGCAAUUUGCUGAGGUUCGAGUUUGCUGCGCUGAGGUGGGUCGUUGCAAAGCUUGAUGCUUUGUCCUUUUCCCCUAUAAAAUUUAUCUCCCUGCAAGUGGCACAUGGACAGCUCACGGCACCACAUUGACUUCUGCCGAGCUUCAGCUGCUGUUUAAAGCAGACGUGAAUGAUCACUGCGGAGGAUCACUUUCCAUUGCCAGGGGAGAAUCUUUUGUGCUUUGGAGGACUUUCGAAAAUAACACGGUUGAUGUUGAGGUUACAGUUGCAAACAAUUGUAUCCAAUGUCUGAAGGCAACUGCUUUUACAACCCGACGAUGCCUCAAUCGUUAAAGUAGGUCAAACAUCUGACGAGAAAGAGACGCACAUCUUCCCAAAUGAAGAAUUCAUGCCGAGUGGUGAUCUUGUGUCACCAUCAUGGGCAAGCUGCAUAGUAAUCCUCACACAUUGUAAGGUACUGUAACUUCUCUAUUCUGAAGUUGAUGUAAGAGUGCUCAAUUUAAAGACACCACUAAAGGGAUCUGUCUCGAGACGUUCUUGUAAGAUUGCAUGUACAAAUCACAUUUUAUCCCAAAUUCACAGCUCGAAGUAAAUCGCUUUCAGAUAA